UCUGCAGUCCGGGUACCAUCAUCCGGCUACCACACGCAGUCAGCUCCUGCACCUCUACACAGUCAAAAUGAUAUCCGGGUAGGGACCUCUAGAUACCAAUCAGAUCAUGCUUGCCUUUCCCAUCCGGGCAAGCAGAUCGUUGCUCUAUGCCGUGAAACCAUUGCCUUGUACACAGUGGCCACUUCCGGUUAUCUGGAACCCGACUGA